AUGGUUCUCCGUCGGGCACGAGAACAAAUUGAGAACUAUGAAGAGGCUUGGUCCCAAGGAGUACUGGAAACUGCCCCAGAACCAUCACCUGCUCAAAAUCCUGCGUUGUUGUGGAAGGCUCCACCGGAGGGUUAUAUCAAACUCAACUGGGAUGCUGCUGUGGACAAGGAGACUAAGAGAGUGGGUCUGGGCGUCGUGGCAAGGAAUCACAGGGGCGAGGUGUUGGCGAUGUAUUGUGACACGAAGGCGUCUACUACGGCGGAGGCGUUGGCAGCAAGCCGAGCAGUGCUGGUGGCAGGCAAUCUAGCUUGGAACAAGAUCAUUCUUGAAGGAGAUGCUUUGGAGAUUGUGCAGCGUUUAAGUAGAAGCGGAUCCUGGAUGGGGAGUUUUGGAAUGGUGAUGGAGGACAUGAAGACCCACCUGAUGCAGUUCCAAGAAUGGCAAGUGGAGCAUAUCCCUCGUUGUGUCAAUGAGGUGGCUGAUAGUCUGGCAAAGUUGGCAUUACACUUGUCAUCUGAAAAACUGUGGGUGGCAGAUUUUCCUUCCAGCAUUUUACCACGUGUUAUUGCUGAGCAAGGCUCUCAUUAA